AUGCGUGGAGGCGGGCGCUUGGCGCGAAGUCAUGCGCUGCUGUCAUUGAGAUCAGAACGGCCUGCACCUUUUGGACGGAGGCACCGCUCUACACAGAGUCCUGUUUCGCCGGUAUUGCCGCCAUUGAACCCGCGCUGGCUAUCAGACGUCAAGAGUAGGAUCGGGUAUUGCUUGAUGUGGGGUCUACGAUCGCAGCAGAUACAAGAGGCUGGAAAUAUACUGCGUGAGAUUGCUCAAGACUGGAGAGAACUAUCGGCUGGCAGCGAGGGCUUCUUGACCAGCAAGCAGAGGAGAAGCACGUUCCGAUAUCAAGUGGUCUGGGGACAGCAAGAUGCCAUGGGUCAUGUCAACAACGUUGUCUACAAUCGUUUCGCAGAGACUGGUCGUGUGGACUGGUUCAAUAAAAUCGCGACCUUUGUGGAUCCAGCAAAUGCAGGCGCGUGGAGGGAAAUGCUAACGCCCAAAGGUGAUGGGUUGAUCUUGAGGAAGAUCACGACCGAGUUCAAAUUCCCGAUGCGAUACCCGGACCAUGUGACAAUACUACACAAACUGGCCACCGAGCCCAAGGAAGGUACAGACACGUUUGACCUGCACGUACUCAUUCUCUCCGAGUUGCAUCAAAGACCUGCGGCUAGGGUGAUUGAAGAUGUUGUGUUCUACGACUACCGCAAGGCUAAGAAAACGCCACUGCGACCAUUCAUGCUCGACGUGCUACAGCACACAUGGAAGCUGCAGGAAGAGGCGAAACGGGUGAAUAGCCAGCGGGUAAUAAGCAUCCUUGGUCGGCUUCGGGCGUUGGAGCUGGAGUCCUGGGAUCGUGAGGGUGCUGUUGAGGAUAUGGGAAGCGCAAGCACUUGA